AUGUCGGCGUUGACGGCGCUAAGCGGCGCCGUCCUGCUGCUGCUGCACAUCUGCCCGUCGUCUCCGGACGCGGCGCCGGAGCCGGGCGCCGCCGCCGGGCGCUGCCCCUCCUGCGCGCUGGCCGGGAUGGAGCGGGAGGAGGCCGGCCCCCAGCGAGAAGUGGUGGAGGCGGUCAAGCGCCACAUCCUCAACAUGCUGCACCUCCACGCUCGCCCCAACAUCACCCGGCCCGUGCCCCGCGCCGCCCUCCUCAACGCCCUGCGCAAGCUGCACGUGGGCCGGGUGGCCGACGACGGCAGCGUGCACAUCGAGGGGGAGGAACCCCAGGGGCGGCGGCGGGGAGGAAAAGGAGGAGCCGCCGCCGCCGCCCCGCCCGCCCUCGCUCGGACCCGGGACGACGACGACGACGAGCAAGAGGCCACCGAGAUCAUCGCCUUCGCCGAGCCCGGCGAGAGUCGGGACACCGUGACCUUCGUCCUGUCCAAAGACGGCGGCGGCGGGGCCGAGGCGUCGGUGGUGGAGCAGGCCAACGUGUGGCUCUUCCUGCGCUCGGCCAAGAACAACCGCAGCCGCGGCAAGGUGGCCGUCCGCCUGUACGGCGCCGGCGACGUCCCGCUGGCGGAGAAGACGGCCGACACGCGCCGCAGCGGCUGGCACACCUUCCCCGUGACGGGCGCGGCGCGGGCGCUCUUGGAAGGCUCGGGCUCGGCGCUGGCCGUCAGGGUCUCCUGCCCGCUCUGCGCCAGCUUCGGCGCCGCGCCGGUGCUGGCGCCCGAGUCGUCGUCGCCGCGCCCGUCCCAACGGGAGCAGUCCCACCGCCCCUUCCUGAUGGCGGUGCUGCGUCCCGACUCGGGCGAGGCGCGGCAGCGAAGGCGCAAACGCGGGCUGGAGUGCGACGGCAAGGUGCGCGUCUGCUGCAAGCGGCAGUUCUACGUCAACUUUAAGGACAUCGGCUGGAACGACUGGAUCAUCGCGCCGGCCGGCUACCACGCCAACUACUGCGAGGGCGAGUGCCCCUCGCACGCCGCCAGCGUGGCCGGCUCGGCGCUCUCCUUCCACUCCACCGUCAUCGGCCACUACCGCAUGCGGGGCUACAGCCCUUUCCAGAACCUGCGCUCCUGCUGCGUCCCCACGCGGCUGCGGGCCAUGUCCAUGCUCUACUACAACGAGGAGCACAAGAUCAUCAAGAAGGACAUCCACAACAUGAUCGUGGACGAGUGCGGCUGCUCCUAG